UCUAGAUUCACUAGAACUUGUGUGUUUAGAAUUAUUUGUUGAUAAGGAUCAAUAUUUAUUUAGAAAAUUAUUAAAAAUGAAAGCAACAUUAAUUUUUGACAAUGUGAACGACUUGUUGUAUUCAAAAUGGGACGAAGAAUUCAUAGAACGGAUGAAAUCGCUGAGCGAACAGCAUAGUGACUUAGACCUAAAAGAUGGCUCAAAAGUGUCACAACUCUUGUCUCCGAUCAUUACAUCACAGCGGGUUAUGGCUGCGCAGUUUGGGAACACAUACUCUUCCAUGCAAUGCAAAGAUGACACAACAAUUGUAUUUGAUGAGUGGUUGGACCAUAUUUUCAUGAUUAUUAGUGAGCAGGCAGUGGAUGAUGCCCAAAGAGAAAUGCUGGACCUCAAGACUUUUGUACAACACAUCUGUGGCCAAAAUAUUAAUUUACUCCAGUCUCCGGUCUACCGCAACUGGCUCUCCGUGCUUAUUGACAGCCGCACCAAAGGGGACUCCAUACCGGGAGCAACUGGAAUCAUAGGGGAGUCAGGAGCCACUGGGGCAGCGUUGAACGCGCUCAAGAGUGCCUCGAAGCAAAUAAAGGGCCAGUACCAUCUGAUGCUUUUUGUGGGGGACAAACAGCUCGCGUUGUAUUCAAGCCGUGGCACUGAAGAGCUGACACCGCCGGACCUGAUCCUCAUGAGCAUGCAGUGUAUCGCCGCGCAGGAGUACUGGGAAGAGUCCGGGAGUCAGGAUGAUGACGAAACGAUCCGGCUACCUUGGCUGUCGGAGCAGAACAGCGCGGUGGUGCAGCUGUGCGCGGGCGCCGCGCACGCGCCGUGCGCGCCGCACUCGCUACACGUGGCGCGCGUGGCGCCGCGCCUCGUGCUGCUCGUGCUGCGGGACUUGCAGAUGAGGGAGGUGGGGAUAGCAGUGAACAUGGCGUCCCAAAUCCUGUCCAACUUGCGUAGACUACUGUUACAGAGGAAUUUAGAGCUGUUGCCCAGCACACUCGAUGCCUUGGAAGCGGCAUUAAAAAAGACAACCGACGCCCUUCGCAAGAACAAAUCGAACGCAAAUCUCUGCGCGCGUCUAUCGAGUCGGAUGCUGGAACUGCGCAAGUCUUGCACGACCACCACUCCCCUCACACCGGAGACUACGGCCACGGCCAUGCACACCGCUCUAGAAACUGUUAUAGAGCUUCUAAAACCGGAUAUACCCAGCUUGAACCUGGCGGCGCCACUCAAAGAGGUGAAGACAGCAAUGGCGCCUUACGUCGACUUCCUCAAGAUCAAAGCUCAGCGAUACUUCAGCAUGGGAUCGUGCGGUAGUGACGCGAGUUCCCUAACGCUGCACAAGUAUGUGGAGGAGUUCCCCGGGCUCAUACACUUCGUGUACGUGGACCGUACCGCGGGCCGGUUCCUCGCGCCCGACAUGGCGGACUGUGCGGACAUGCUGUCGCCGCACACCGUGCACAGCAUAGUGUCCCGCUGCGCGGCGCUGGCGCGCGAGGGCUACAGCGCGGCGACGUGGCGGCGCGGCGCGCUGCACUCGUGCUCGGUGCUGUGGUGGGAGCGCCGCGCCGCGCCCGCCCGCCCCCAGCGCGCGCCGCACCCCGCCGCCGUGCGCGCGCUGCCGCCGCCCGGGGACAUCCUCAACUCCUUCUACAGGCAACUUGUGGAGCUCGCCUUCCCAAACGACUCCCAAGGAGUGACCAUCAAGGAACUGAUAUGCGUGCACCUAGGGCUGCUACCCGCCACCACGGCCGUGCAGCAGGCGCGCCGGCUGGCUCACACGGUGCACGAGCUGUUCACUGACAACCCUGCGACUGCUACAGACUUGCUUUAAUGAAGGAGGGGUAAAAACUAAACUCUCGACGAUUAUAUAUAUGUGUAUUUACAGUAGAACCCCUCAUAGUAAGAUCACGUAUCUAAUACGCCUUUCUACACUGGUCCCUGCUUGUUUUCAUACAUUUUAUCACGGACUCUUAAUACGCUUUCCCGCUUGAGACUCUUUCGACGGGACCCCUUAGAAACUUCUAAAGCGGGUUUUAUUGUAUAUGGAAUUUGAUAUUCGGUCAAUUCAAUCCAAUAGUAAAUGGCGCUCUCGGCGAUGGUACAAUUUUUGUAUGGAAUUGGAUGCCAUUGAUGAUCAAAAUGGCUGUUUUGCCUUCCCCAUUAUUAGAUCCUUAAAUGGGUACUAUAAAAGCGACGGUUUGUUCAUAAGGUUUGAACCUUAUCAAAAAGAGAUAAAGUUCUAAAUAAGGUAGGAACAUUUUCCUUGCUUAGUUAAGAUAAAUUAGAUAAAUAGACGCAUUCAUAGUUUUCUACAUUUUUGGUCUCAUUGCGUUUCAAACUGAGGGUAUUUUUUAGUUGCUAUUUUACUUAGGUAAUGUAGCCUGUUAUGACUUGGCUGAAGCUAAUAAGAUAAGUCAUAGCUCAUAGGGCUUACAACAGCGUGUUCCUGGUCUUUAAUAGAACAAGGAAACUGUGUCAAAUGUGUCAUUUACCACCUCAAGGUGCCAUUCUGAUAAUCAAAAAUGUAUAAUGUGUAUGUAUGUGUGUAAAAAUGUGUAUUGUAUGUAUCAUCCUUAAAACAUUGAGGCUAAACAUGCCAAAGUUUAUUAGUUUUAUUACAAUACUGCUUCCAAUUCGAGCCUCUGUUGUUUGGAAUAUUUUUUCCGAAUUUAUUUCUAUACUAACUGUAGUUGAUGUAAUUAUAAGUAUUGUGAUUGCUUUACUAUUGUAGGCAAAUUAAUAAUCAUGUUAAUUGUAAAGUAACCUAAUAUAAAUUAUGGCAUCUAAAUUAUAUUUUAUUUUUGUUUGUUACAAUUAGUUUUAUAACAUGUUUGUUCUUUGAAAAUGUUAUUUUGAUGGCCGUAGUAAAUAAGAUUCUGUUAAUCUAUCUAUACAAUUAAGUACCUGUACAGCCAAACGCAUUAUACAUUAUAGGGGGCGUCCAUUAAUUACAUGACGGCUUCAGGGGGGGGAAGGAGUCAAACCAAAUCUCACGUGGGGCCCAUGGGGGAGAGGGUGUUUUGGCAAAUACCACGUAAAUUUUUUCGGGUAGUAAAU